AAACAGUAUUAGUAGUGACUGGGCAUCCGCGGCGAGCAGGUGUGUGCCCAACGAUCGCUUGAGGCUCGACCAAGACGGACACAGGACAAACGAGGAGCUGGGCCGUCAGAAACGGAGUGAUGUAGCAGUAGUGUUACCCAUGCACUGCCACACCUGCCUCUUCUGCUGUGGAGGUGACGAGAACGAGCGGGAGAGGUAGCUUCCAUCCUGGCUGGCAGCGCGAAAGUGACCUAUGGAUUAACACGAUAAGCCAUUGCUACUCCCUCACCUCCAGUGCUCGUUUGAUCCUCGUAAAGAACGUCUGGUGAUUUCUUCAGAUAUCAUAUAUAUAAAAUAAAGUCUAGCCGUGUCAAAGAGGAAAACAGACACGUUUUGCACCAACGACUUUCAGCGACUUUCCAGAGAGUAGGAGAGACCAGUGCCGAAAGACGGUGCCAUGAUCCUGGAAUUGCCGACACUGGAAAAUGAAGGAAAUGCAACCAAUGCAGUACUCCCACAGCAAGAGGAAAUGUGGCACAGCUUCAUGAACCAGUCUACUUUGCUUCCCAACACAACGAUGGACAAACAUAAGUUGUUUAUGUGCUUCGACCAGUUCGUGCGAUCAAGGGCCAGUCUAGAACACGAUCCCAAAGCGUGUUCUGUCAAGUUCGAUGGUGUGUCCUGCUGGCCGGAGACACCCCCCGGACGAGUGCGCAUCAUCCCCUGCUUCGAGACCUUUAACGGCGUCCGCUAUGAUCCCUCAGAGAACAACGCUACUCUGCUCUGCUUCCCCAAUGGCACCUGGUCCUCCAAGUCCUCAUACACCCACUGCCUCAAGCUGGUUUUGGGCCCGAGCCUUGACCACGUCACAACUACUCACACAACUAAGACUAUUUUCUACUUUGGACACUCCCUGAGCCUUGCUGCCGUGACCCUCGCUCUCUGCAUUUUCCUUUCUUUCAAAGACUUGAGGUGCCUCCGAAACACCAUCCACGCCAACCUGCUCGCCACCUAUUUGCUGCACAACUUCUUCUGGAUUGUCUUCGCUUCUGUUCAGACACUACUACCUGUCAAUGUGGUUUGCUCCUUCGUAGUGCCCAUCACCUACUUCAAUCUUACCAGCUUCAUGUGGAUGUCUGUCGAGGGCUUCUACCUCUACAUGCUGGUGGUCAAGAUAUUCUCAGUGGACAAUAUCAAGCUGCGAGUCUACACGAUAAUUGGUUGGGGAGUGCCUGUGCCCAUCAUCAUAGUGUGGGUCGCCGUCAAGUCAACCCUCGUGGGCACGCUGCUGGAUGAGACAGGGAUUGAGGGCCACGUGCUGGACGGCUUCCCCAACGCGUGUCCUCUCAUCCCGCUCAACACCAUAGACUGGAUAUACCAGGUCCCGAUGCUGGUGUUCCUGUCGCUCAACGUCCUCUUCUUGAUGCGGAUCAUGUGGGUGCUCAUCACAAAGCUUCGUUCAGCCAAUACAGUGGAGACGCAGCGCUAUCGAAAGGCGACCAAGGCUCUAGUGGUGCUUAUCCCUCUGUUGGGCCUUACCUACAUUCUCUUCAUCGCCCUCCCUCGGGAAAUGGAGAGUAUACGGGCCCUUCUACUUUCCACGCAGGGGUUUUGGGUGGCACUUUUCUAUUGCUUCCUGAACAACGAGGUGCAGAACAGCGUCCGUCAUCACCUGGAGCGAUGGAAAGCUUCGAGAGGACUGGUGGAUCAGAGAUCGUCUUCAGUCAGGCACAGAAGAGAGUUGUCACCUCUGCCAGGGACGAGAUACUUAAGACGGAUGUUCGGUGGCAAAAGAGAGUCGGUGUGCUCGGAGGUGACAACCAUGUCAACAGUGGUCACCACGCACCAUUCUCUCACCACCACAACGCUGCCGCUGCCGCCCAGACGACCCAGCGAGGCUGAGGUCACCGCCAUUGUCAGGGAUUCGUUCAUGUAGGUCUCCCAUUCCUGACAGAGCACUCUCAACCCAGGACAUCGUCAACACCAAAGGCAUCAAUAAUUCAAUCAUUAGCGGAGACAAUACCCAAGCCUCCAGUCAUCCAGCCAUCAGUGCAGCAUUCAACAGUAAUACCUUCGAUGUCUUUGCGCCUUUGUACAACCAUUAGUGAAGAUAAGAAAGUUAUCAAGUGUUUUGGUCUGGUGCGGACAGGCUUACAUGUUUUGGAAAAAAUAUAUACGACUAGUGACGGACAUGAGGAAGUAAUACUAACUGGCUUUAUAUAGCGUAUAAAUUGAUACUUUGUUACUUAAUCUUUUUAAAAUUAUAUUUGAGUUUUAUCUAUCUUUUAUAUUCGUAAAUUGUCCUUACCCCAAGGAGAAAAUAUUUGCAUUCUGUAUAUUUCAAAUGUUCCCAAGUGAAAAACUAUAGUUACUGGUGUCAUUUUCUUCUAAGCUUCACGUUAACAAAAGCUUCAUUUCCAGCCUACAUCCAAUACUUUCCCCUUCCUUUUACAGAGCUGGGUAUAAGAGGACCUCUGACAUCCCUUCCUAGAUAACCUUCUGCUUUGUCAUCUUGUUUACUAAAGCUUCUGAACGGUGUGCAUAUCACUAUUUGUCAUAGUUACAUUAUUACAUAUUACUUUACUAACAAAACUUUCACAUCAAUGAAACCUACAUUGAUCAGAAACAUGUUGUAUGUAAUUAUCUUGUGAUUAAAUUUGAAAUAAAAUAACUAUCCCAAUGCACUUUUUUCAUCACUUGAACUUUGCUACCGGUAUCACGUAUAAUAUGCACUCCCCUGAAUUUUGAUUCCCCAGUCGUUUUUAUACGUAUAAUUUGCAUUUCCCAGUCAUUAUUAUACAUAAAAUUAACACUCCCUCAGUGUAUAUUAUACGUGUAAUGUACACUCCCUCUGAAUAAUAUGCACUCACCAGUCUUGACCUCAUUUCGAAUUUCAUAACGUCUCCUACAACUAUCUAUUUGCAAUACAAUAUCAUAUCGAAUCCAGUCUCACGAAACGCUGAAGAGUCUCUAUGGAGUCCGAGCUUGUCCUUGUAAGCCGCGGUUACACUAGUCAACAGAAACCUUGGAUCUACACAGUUGAAUUGGAUUUCGUUCAGUGUCGGACGAAAUCCAACUCUAUCGGUGGUGGGACGAGAGUUUCAAGAAUACGGUUGGUUCUGUUCGAAGGAAGAGCAUCCAAAGGAAGACAACUGAAGAACUAUAUUAUGUGACAAUGAAAUUUACAAUAUAUAUAAACAUAUAAACUUUAGCACAUUAAUGUAUUGUUGAAAACCUAUUUAAAUACACUUUAAAUAUUGAAACAUUACUAGAAGUGUAUUAUCUUAUUAAAUAUUAUUAAUCACCCGAUCUUCAUUUGACUAUCGUUGUUUUGGCACCAUUUUCGGAAACACCACUGAAUACUUGUCUCUAUGGAGUGGCCUAUGAUCUGACCAUUUUAAACUGAGCGUUUAGGCGUUUUCCUUUCUGGGAAUUUGUCAGCUUGUGGCGUGCCAAACCUUGUACAGGGCCAGUUAUCAGAUUAGAACCUAUGUGUCGCUGAUAACCUCGCUCCCCACACACCACCCCUCUCUCUCUCUCUCUCUCUCUCUCUCUCUCUCUCUCUCUCUCUCUCUCUCUCUCUCUCUCUCUCUCU